CGUUGAUGACGCGUCAGGACUCAUUUCCGGCGACCGUAAUCUGUUGUUGAAUGUACCGUUCUGUCCAGAUUCGGGAUGGUGCUCGUCAAGCAAUACCAGGUGCUGUUGCCAUGUUCAGUAGAAGAGUACCAGGUUGGCCAACUGUACUCGGUCGCAGAGGCCAGUAAGAAUAACACAGGGGGAGGAGAAGGAAUCGAGGUCCUCCGAAAUGAACCUUACGAGAAAGAUGGGGAGAAGGGCCAGUACACCCACAAGAUUUACCACAUACACAGCAAGGUUCCUGGUUUUAUUCAGAUGUUCGCACCUGAAGGAGCCCUGGUUUUUCACGAGAAAGCCUGGAACGCCUAUCCCUACUGUCGCACUAUUGUUACAAAUGAGUACAUGAAAGAUGACUUCUUCAUUAAGAUUGAAACCUGGCAUAAAGCAGAUAUGGAAACAACUGAGAAUCCUCAUGGUCUCCCUCCUGAGGAGUGGGAAGAGACAGAGAUAGUGCCAAUCGAUAUUGCAGAUCGUUCUCAGGUGGAUGAUGUGGACUAUAAACCAGAAGAGGACCCUGCUAUCUUCCACUCAGAGAAAACUGGGAGAGGACCUCUUGGGCCUGAAUGGAAGAAAGAGCUUCAUAACGGUAACUGUCCCUUCAUGACGGCGUAUAAGCUGGUGACGGUUCAUUUUCGCUGGUGGGGUCUGCAGGGACGUGUGGAGAACUUUAUUCAUAAGCAGGAGAAAAGGCUCUUCACUAAUUUCCACCGGCAGCUCUUUUGUUGGCUUGACCGCUGGGUGGACCUCACUAUGGAUGACAUCCGCAGGAUGGAGGAGGAGACGCAGAGAGAGCUGGACCAGAUGCGCAGCCAAGGCCCUGUGAGAGGGAUGAAAGCAGGAGAGGACUAGGAAGAGAUCGAAGAAUGCAAGAUACAAAAAGGGGCUACUUUUUAUUUUACCUCCUUCAGUCCUCAUGGCCAAUCACAACGUGCCACAUCACCAAGCCCUUCCAAACAGGAAAUGGUCAUCCUUACUGAGGACAUGUCCAUUACCAUAAGUGUGAAUGUUUGUGCGAAUGUAUAAAGUAUGCAUGUGUAGCCGUGGUUGUGCAGUUUGACUUUAAACCUCAUUAUUUGCUGCCAAAUUCUUUGGGACUCACUUAAGAUACGUUAAGUGAUACCGGCAUUUCUUUUUAUAAUUAAGUGUUAUAAUUGUUUAAUGUUUUUUUUUUUUUGGUUCAUUUUGCAACCAUCAGCUUUUUACUGAGUGCGCCAUUGGAGUAAUGAGUCCGAAGCCCUGAGGAAUAAUUUUACUACAUGUAUUUUGACCAUAAAUAAAUGAAAAAAAGUAAUUUACUUAAUUCUGUUAUAUUUAUCUUGUUGUUUGGGAAAUCUUGGUGGGAACAUGCCUCAAGAGGUAGGAUCAUGUCAGAAAAUGUAUUAAAGGAAAAACAGAAAGCUUGUUAUACUUGUAAGAAGCUCGAAAGCAUAACGGUUUUCAGGUUUAGAUAUGGUGGGGUUUUGGUUUGGUUCUGCACUGAUUACAGUGUGGAUGUCAUUGUUGAGAGCUGUUGAGUGGAUAAUGUUUCAUUUUUAAACUUGAGUGUAAGAGCCUUGAAACCCCUCCCACCUUUGACUGACAUGCUACAGGCCACACCUCUCCAUUUGGAUGGGGAUGGUCAAAAUUUUUGGAGAAUGAAGUUCAAUUUACAAUACUGUAACAACAAAUAAAAGAAAACAUCAUUGACUACUAA